AUGCCACCCCCCCUCCCCUCCCACCACCGCGGCAUGACCGCAAACCCAGUCCGACCUGGCCGCUACCGACCCGGAAAAGCCGUCGCCGAGGAACCGUCCUCAUCGGAAGAAGACGACGACGACGACGACGAUGCCGCAGAGCAGGAAAAGGCGCGGAUAGAGGAACGGCGCAGACAGGAGCGGUUGCGCAGGGAGCAGGCGAGGGCGCCGGCGCCGAAGGCGAGUUCGUUUCCGGCGGGCGCUGCGGUGUCGAAGGGGAAGAGAUUGAAGGUUGAGGAGGAGGAGGGAGAUGAUGAGGAGGGGUUUGUGACGGAAGAUGAGGAAGAGGAUGAGGCAGAGGAAAAGGUGGCAUCUCGUGUUGCAGGCGACAAUGUGGGUGCUACUGGUGCUGCUGUGCCUAAGAUUCUGGGGAAGAAAGAAGAGAGUGCAGAGGAAGAAGAAGAAGAGGGAGGAUCGGAAGAGGAAGAAAGUUCCGAAGAAGAGAGCAGUUCUGAAGACGAGGCCCCCCGACGAGUCCUCCUACGACCUACAUUCAUCAAAAAAGACAAUCGGAAACAAGUGCAACACGGACAGGUACAAGGACCAGGAGCAGGAACGAGUGACACCCCCGCGGAUGCCGGCGCCGACCCCGAAGCCCAGAAAGCGCAACGACAAGAAAAAGCCGACAUGUUAAUUCGCGACCAACUCGAGAAAGCCGCCGUCGCUCGCAGCACGGCGAACCGGGCCUGGGACGACGACGAGCUCGAGUUUGCCGAAGAAGGAGCAAUCGACGAUAAAGACGGGGUGGAUCCCGAGGCCGAGUACGCCGCUUGGAAACUGCGCGAGCUGAAGCGCAUCAAGCGCGAGCGCGAGGCGAUCGAGGCCUCGGAGAAGGAACGCGAGGAGAUCGAACGCCGCCGGAACCUGACGGCGGAGGAGCGCGAGCGGGAAGACAACGAGUUCAUCGCGCAGCAGAAGGAAGACAAGGAGGCGAACCGCGGACAGACCGGGUUCAUGCAACGCUACUUUCACAAGGGAGCCUUCUUUCGCGACGACCUGGAGCGCCAAGGGCUGGAUCAGCGGAAUGUUAUGGGCGCGCGCUUUGCGGACGAGGUCUCGCGCGAGACUUUACCGCAGUAUAUGCAGAUUCGAGAUAUGACGAAACUCGGCAAGAAGGGCCGCACGCGGUACAGGGACCUGAAGUCCGAGGAUACGGGCCGCUUUGGCGAUGGCUUUAGCAAUCGGUCUCGUCGGUACGAGGGUGCUCCGGAAGGCGUCACGGACGAACGGUUCAUGCCUGACCGCCGAGAUGACCGUCCGAGAGGUCCUACGGGAGCGAACGCGGGCCCUGUCCGCGAGAGGCGCAGGUCGAGGACUCGAUCGCGAUCCCCUCGACGAGAGCGCAGAGAUCGCUCGGGAGAUCGAUAUCGGCCUGACGACAGCCAUCGCCGGAAACGAAGUCCCUCGCCCUAUGAUGACCGCGAUAAACGGAGACGAGUGGACAGUGAUUCCUAA